AUUCCCACGAGGCCAGACCGCCGAGAUGCGUGGAGCACUCGAGCCCAUUAACCCGGUGCCCCCAAAUGCCCCCACCAUGCCGGUCCUCCGCUCCCCGCUCGCCGGGGGCGACCUCCUCACCGCCGACACCGACCUCGACUACCUCUUCCUCGAGCACAUCCGCCUCGACGGCGACUCCCCGGCCUCGCUCCCCAAGUACGAGGCCCCGCUCGCCAGCUCCUCCAACGGCGAGUGCGUCUCCGAUCCUUCCCCGGGCCGCCUCAGCAGCAACCGCCGGGCGGUGGAGGAGAGGGAAUCGUCGUCAACUACGAUGAGCCGGUUGCGGCUGGAUCUCGGGGGGAGAAGGAUGCGCAGCAAGGGGAAGAGUCGGCCUUUGCUUCGCCGGGGUAAGGGGUCGGUGUGGCAGCGGGGAGCGAUGAGGCCGGUGCUGUACUGCUGCGGGGGCAGUUGUUCCGGAGCAGUACGCAUGCGAUUGGCGUGCGGAUCCAUCGCCACGGCCCACGGCGUGAGGUGAACGAUGGCGGAGAUGAGGGGCUUUCGGAUGCAAACACGCUGAAGGGCGUUUAUCGGGAGGCGAUCUCAGCUCAAGCGAUGGCCGUCGCGUAGGACACUCUUAAUCCGGGGGAAAAAGUAGAAAAUGAACUAGGUAUUACACGGAGGCCAGAUUCAGAUUUCAAGCGAAGGUUGAUCAAGGCUCUUACAAAGCCAGUUGCAUGCAUGAGGUACUAAAUAUAGACUAUUUACGAAACUAAAAACACAACCAGAGAGUAAUUUGCGAGACGAAUCUUUUGAGCCUAAUUAGUCUAUGAUUGGAUACUAAUUAUCAAAUAAGACGAAAAUGCUACAGUACCUGUUAAACUUUAACACCCCAACCAAACACCCUCUCUUAUAGAUUGUUUGGCACAGUUGCUUUCCGUCCUCCGUUGAUGAAGCUGCGGCAGGUCCACAAUGAAACAAAAUUAUAUCCUGUGGAAGUGAUGGGCAAAACAUAUUUGGACUAUUACCCCAGUACAGUUUCGCAGCGCUUGCAUACUUCUUGUUUAUGAACACUGUCUUCAUAUUUCUUCUCACAUGACACACUAUUUUACAUUCUUGAUGAUGAAAAUAUUCCAAUAAAUUUCUCGUAUGAUGUCCUUUAUUGGGUCUUGUCUGUAUUACUGUAUCACUGUAAUUAUGUCCAGUUUUGUCCUCUCCUUGUGACAACUUUGUUAUAGUCACCAACGCAAUGGUCUAGCUCUGAUGCGUGGGUUUCUCUUCUGG